UAGUUCUACCCAAACUUCUCUCGUAGACUCACUUCCUCUUUACAUGUCCGUGAAUUGGUUGCUUUUAGCUUCAUUUUCCCUCACAUCAGCUAUCACACGGUGCUCUUUGAUCUUUCUAGUGCUACUUUGCGUAAAUCCUUACUGGGUUGCUUACCGGUGGUUCAGUAAAACCUUCAGCAAUCGGGAGCUUCUGUUGGGUUUAGGAAUUUGAGGAAGCUAGAUUUCUCUCGUUUUGUGAUGAUAAUUUCAGAUUUGAUUACUACGAUAGAAUCUUUAUGGGUAACUUCUGGCCUCUUUUUUCUGUUCUGCGUCUUGGUUGGUAGCUGACAGGAUAACAUCAAUUUCUGUUUAGAAUUAGAAACUCAGAAUCUUGGGCGAUUCUUUGAUUCUUUAAGGGCUAUUUGAGUUUCUUAUCUGCCUCAAAUUUCUGUAUUCCCUUUGCAUUCUCAAUUUGAGUCUAUUCCGGUGGAUAAGACAGCAUCUUUUUAAAGCACAUCUUUGUUUCCCCUUUGAAACCCACUUGUUUUCUGGGAUUGAGAGGUGCUUAGCGUUGUUCUUGCCCAAUUUUCCUGUUUCGAUAUCCACCUCUCGCAGUCACUGGUCGAGAAUUCUGUUUACUAGCUUUAAACGGGCUAGAUUCUCUGGAUUUGACAGUGGUUCUCUCGCUAGACUACCUGGAAUUAGCUCGAAGUCGUAUCCAGUGCCUCCUGGAACUGUUUCUUGUUACCUUGUGUUGGUUACUGUUGUGGAUGAGUUUGCUCUAUGUAGUUGGAUUUGGCCUAAAGUUGGGGCAUCUACUUUUGGCGCUGUGUUGCUGGAUUGUAUCAAUCAUAUACAUGAACUGGUUCAACAACGGAGGAAUUAUGGAAACCGAGGUUGGUUUUCUUGGUGGCGGCGGCAAGAUGUGGCUCAAGUGGUGGGAUAAGAUCUCAGGCAAUAGUCGUAAAAUUCAUCAACACUACUACCAGUGUAUUGGGUCCAAGAAAGUUCGGAGAACUCUGUGGAGAAAGCUUUUGCUGAUAUGGGUACUGGGCUGGGUCGUGGUAUCUUUUUGGAUCUUCCUCUUCAUGACCUUGCAAGCUACUGAGAAGAGGAAAGAGACUCUGGCAAGCAUGUGUGAUGAAAGGGCUAGGAUGCUUCAGGAUCAGUUUAAUGUUAGUAUGAACCAUAUCCAAGCCAUGUCAAUACUCAUCUCAACCUUCCACCAUGCCAAGUCCCCUUCUGCCAUCGAUCAGAGAACAUUUGCUAGGUACACAGAGCGAACUGCUUUUGAGAGGCCCCUUACUAGUGGUGUUGCUUAUGCUGUGAGGGUGCUUCAUUCUGAAAGGGAACAAUUCGAGAAGCAACAAGGUUGGACCAUUAAGAGGAUGGAUACCCUUGAGCAGAACCCCAUUCAUGAGGAUGACUAUGCCCCUGAGGCAUUGGAGCCUUCCCCAGUUCGAGAAGAAUAUGCUCCUGUCGUUUUUGCACAGGAAACCAUUUCCCAUGUCAUUUCUGUUGAUGUGCUGUCCGGAAAGGAAGAUCGUGAAAAUGUUUUGCGUGCUAGAGAGUUAGGGAAAGGAGUUUUAACUGCUCCUUUUAGGCUGCUCAAAACAAAUCAUCUUGGAGUUAUCCUCACCUUUGCAGUUUACAACACAGAUCUUCCAUCAAAUGCAACCCCAAAUGAAAGGAUUCAAGCAACAAAUGGGUAUCUUGGUGGCGUCUUUGAUAUUGAGUCAUUGGUUGAAAAAUUACUUCAACAACUAGCUAGCAAGCAAACUGUGAUUGUUAAUGUGUAUGAUACUACUAAUCAUACCCACCCUAUUCCAAUGUAUGGUUCAAACGUAUCAGAUGAUGGAUUCUAUCAUGUUAGUUCCCUGAACUUUGGAGAUCCUUUUCGGAAGCAUGAGAUGCACUGCAGGUUCAAACAGAAACCUCCAUGGCCCUGGUUGGCAAUAGCCACAUCAAUUGGCAUCCUUGUUAUUGCGCUCCUUGUAGGUCAUAUUUUUCAUGCUACUGUGAAUCGAAUUGCUAAGGUGGAGGAUGAUUACCGUGAGAUGAUGGAACUUAAAAAACGAGCCGAGGCAGCUGAUGUUGCAAAAUCCCAGUUUCUGGCCACCGUUUCUCAUGAGAUCCGAACGCCAAUGAAUGGUGUUCUUGGAAUGUUGCACUUGCUUAUGGACACAGAUCUAGAUGUAACACAGAAAGAAUAUGUCAGAACUGCACAGGGUAGUGGAAGAGCUCUAGUGUCGCUUAUAAAUGAGGUUUUGGACCAGGCAAAGAUUGAAUCUGGUAAGCUUGAGCUUGAGGCAGUGCUAUUUGACAUACGAGCAGUUUUGGAUGAUGUGUUGUCACUAUUCUCUGAGAAAUCUCAAGAGAAGGGAGUAGAGUUGGCAGCGUAUGUCUCAGAUAAGGUUCCUGAACAGCUUGUGGGUGAUCCAGGAAGGUUUCGGCAAAUAAUUACAAAUCUCAUGGGCAAUUCAAUUAAGUUCACAGAGAAAGGGCACAUAUUUGUCACUGUCCAUCUUAUUGAGGAAGUUGUCAAUUCAAUCGAAGUUGCAACAUCAAAGAAUACCCUGAGUGGCUUUCCUGUUGCUGAUAGAUGUCAAAGUUGGAAAGGAUUCAAUUCUGUCAGUCAAGAAGGACCUCUGGGUUCUUUCUCAUCUUCCUCCUCUGAUCGCAUUACUCUCAUUGUAUCUGUUGAAGAUACAGGCGAAGGAAUUCCUCAAGAAGCCCAAUCCCGCAUCUUUACCCCAUUCAUGCAGGUUGGUCCGUCUGUCUCCAGGAAACAUGGGGGAACAGGCAUUGGGCUGAGCAUCAGCAAGUGCCUGGUUGGCCUCAUGCACGGGGAAAUUGGAUUUGUGAGCUUUCCAAAGAUUGGAUCUACUUUCACAUUUACUGCUGUCUUCACCAAUGAAUCCCCUAUUUCAACUGAGGGUCAAACUCAGCAAAUUAACAACCAACCUCACCUUGCAUCCUCAGAAUUUCAGGGCAUGACCGCACUUGUUAUAGACCCUAAACCUGUCAGAGCUAAAGUGUUGAGAUAUCACAUUAAACGGCUUGGCAUUCAUGUUGAAAUAGCUUCGGAUUUAAAUCAAGGUUUGUCUGUCAUAAGCAAUGUCGAUAUGAUCUUAGUUGAACACGAAGUCUGGGAUAGAGAUUCUGGUGUUUCAUCUCAGUUUAUCAGUAACGUGAGGAAAAUUGAUCGUAGGGUUCCUCCAAAUCUGUUCGUUCUUGUUAAUUCUAGUAGCUCUUCCAGAACAAGUUCCAUAACAUUUGGUGUCAAUAGUCCAACUGUCAUUGUAAAACCUCUGAGAGCAAGCAUGCUUGCUGCUACAUUACAGCGAGCCAUGGGUGUGGGGAACAGGGGGAAUCCUCGAAAUGGGGAGCUUCCAAGUUUGUCUCUCCGCCAUCUUUUGCGUGGGAGAAAAAUCCUUAUUGUAGACGACAAUAGUGUGAACCGAACAGUGGCAGCUGGUGCUUUAAAAAAGUAUGGAGCUGAUGUGGUCUGUGUUAACAGUGGACAAGAUGCCAUCUCUAUGCUGGAGCCGCCCCAUCAAUUUGAUGCCUGUUUUAUGGAUAUUCAAAUGCCAGAAAUGGAUGGGUUUGAAGCUACCAGGAGGAUUCGGGAGAUGGAACGUGUAAGCAGAGGAGAACUGCCUGUAAACAGAGGAGAAGUCCCUGUGGAGACCUUGGAGAAUAAUUCAAACUGCCACAUGCCCAUUUUGGCUAUGACUGCAGACGUGAUUCAGGCAACGCAUGAGGAAUGCCUAAGGUGUGGAAUGGAUGGAUAUGUUUCGAAACCAUUUGAAGCUGAGCAGCUUUAUCGGGAAGUUUCACGGUGUUUCCAAUCCACUUCAUGAGAGAAUAACAUUCAGAAAAUCAGACGAUUUGCAAUGGACGCAUUGCUGCCUGUUUUCCAGGACACUUACAAGCCUGUAAAUAGUUUCAGAAGUUUCCUGACAGUAAGUUCUCCAUUUACCCAAUGAUGGCCAAUGAAAACUAUAGUUCUCUACAUUGAAAGUUUGAUGGUUUUCUUCCACAAGAGACUGAAGAAAGCAAACUGACGGAAAGAGGGUGAAGCAAUUGAUUGUUUGUGGGAAAAAAGAGUGACAAUCCUGAACUGUGGAAUGGACUGCCCUGCAUUUUUAAUCAUCUGUUCCAUUGUCUUUUUGAUGUGCAUGAAGAUUCAUGGCUUAAAAUUUGCUUUUUCCUUCGUGGCAGGGAGUGUACAUAGGAGCCAAAGUUUGAUUGAUUGAAAUUGAGUUUGAAUUGGUGGUUGUUGUGGUAUGGAAACCUGUUGGUUCUCCCUUGUGCUUCCAUUGAGCACAAGGUCCACGGAGAAUCGAGGAAUCGGGUCGGGUGUAAAAUACCGGGGAAUACAGGUUCUGGGGGUCACAUCUUGAGCGUGUCAUAAUAAAAAAUGACAGUUCUUUUGGGGAGUCUCUGUCCUGGGAGUUCUGAUGUAUGUGUAUAUUUAUUAGCAGUGAUCAAUUAGCUUCUGAUCAACAGAGGAGUGGAAGAUUCAUGAUCAUGACUCUAUUCAGUUGCUCUUAACACAGCCGGAGUUUCCAUCCCUCGCUGUAUAUUAGUUGAGUAAAUCGACCUUUUCUGGGGUCAAUCUGUAAAUUCUCAGUUUCAAAAUCCCUCUGAAUUUGUUCUCUUGCUUUUUGACUAACAGUAUCAUUCUGAUGAGCAACAAGCUUAGGGAGAUGCCGUACAGACAACCAUCAUUAUUAUUAUGUAUAUUUCAUUUUCACGUGCCACUAGCAACGGCAUGUUGCAAACAGUUGAGGUGAAUGAAAAGCCCUUUUAACUUA